CUCGUUACUUCCUCGUAGCCGUCAGCAACAUAAAACUCCAACCACGGACCCUUUAUCCAUUCUUUUUUCACUCAGCACCGUUAUUUUCCAUCUCGGUUAUCUCCAUCGAGAAUCACCGCUCCUUUUCUUUACCCCCGUACAUUCAUUUCUCCCUUCGUGUAAAUUUCCUCUAAAAGGUCGCCAGCUCGACCUACUUGCCUCACCUAGUUGUGACUGGCCUUGAGUUGAUAGUUGCCUACCUUCAAUAGCUACGCUCUGUGUGUUGUCCUCCGUCAAACGUCGCACACUCACGGCCGCAACUACAACCAAUAUUUAUUGUCCAAGGGUGCAACUGAUCUCUCAUCAAACUCGCAUCAUUCCUUCUGCGUCUUUGAUAGACUGCACGACCUGCUUCCCGUCUCGUCGCCGGUACACCCCAAUACGCAGCGCGUACAGAACCCCUUCGACAAUUUCAUUCAUUUCUGACAGUAUCAUCUGAUACGUCUCUUCCCUCCUUUGACUGGACUGCUGGCACCUUAACACUCCUUGAACGGAAAUCGCAGCAACAAUUCUCGAAAGAAUACGGAGCAUAACUUACAUAACUAGUGAAAUUGACUACACUAAGAAUACCAUAUAGCACAUCAUCAGCAAUCAUUACCAUCACGAAAAUCGACCAAGAUGCAUGCCAAGCUUAGCAUUUUGGCGCUUGCCGCUGCAGCCUCAGUUCAGGAGGUCUGCGCUGGCCCUAUUCAUCGCCACAAGCACCCCAAGAAGGACAUCGUAUACGCAUACACUGACGUCGUCGUCGUUACUGAAUGGGUGACCCACACUGUCAUUGCCGGUCAUCAACCCACUGAAGCGCCAGUCGUUGAGUCUCCUUCGAUCGUUGCGGCUCCUGUUGAGGCUCCCGCGGUCGAGAGUUCCCCUUCAGCGGACCCUACCUCUGAGAACCCUCUACCGCCGUCAAGCACAUCUGCCGAGGCUCCUGCGCCUGAGACUCCCGCUCCAGAGAGUUCCCCUGCUGAGAGCCCUGCACCUGAGUCUACUCCAGCGGAGAGUUCUCCUGCCCCAAGCUCUUCUGAGAUUCCCCCUUCUCCGAGUUCGUCUGAGGCUCCUCCUCCGUCUACAACUUCUUCCGAGGCUGCCCCGCCUACAACUUCUUCCGAGGCUACUCCGGCUGAGACACAGACCCCAGCUGAUCCCGCACCACCCGCGUCAACGGAGGCUCCUGUUCUCUCGUUGUCUGCUGUUCUCUCGUUGUCUGUUGUUCCCUCGUCGUCUGCUGCUUCCUCGUCGUCUGCUGCCGCUGUUCCCUCGUCGUCUGCUGCUUCUACAGUCAGCAAGCGAGGUGCCGCGUACAACGACCCAAACCUUGUUAGCGCUUUGGUGGGCCAGACUGACAAAAUCUCAUGGGCGUACAACUGGGGAUCUGACUCCGGUGGAUUACAAGCCAAGAUUUCUUACUACCCUAUGCUCUGGUCUCCCGCUUCGGACCACUCUAGCAACUGGGAUGAGAAGGCCGAAGCCGCUAUUGCCUCAGGAUCCGACAGUUUCCUCAGCUUCAACGAGCCUGAUAUCUCUAGUCAAGCUAACUUGUCUCCCCAGGAUGCUGCGACCGCUCACAAGCAAUUCAUGAACAAGUAUGCUGGCAGAGUCAAGAUCAGCUCACCGGCCAUUUCCAGCAGCGAUAGCUCAGGAAUGGGUAUCGACUGGCUUAACCAGUUCUUCGAUGCGUGUGACGGCCAAUGCCAAGUUGACUUCUGCGCUGCUCAUUGGUACGGACCCGGAGGCGAUGACGGCGCGAGCCUCUUCCUGGACCACAUCAAGAAGGUUUACGACGCUUGCCAGGGCAAACCCGUCUGGGUUACCGAGUUCGCGGCAACGGAUGGCGACAUCGACCAAUUCAUGACAUCCGUCACCCAGGGACUGGACAGCGACGAGUUUAGUUUCGUCGAGAAGUACUCGUAUUUCAUGGUGAACGAAGGCAGCCUCAUGUCUUCGGCGACAGACUUGAGCUCAUUCGGCAAAAUCUUCGCAGGUAUCUAAGGCAAUUCCUUCGAAAGAUACCGUUUCUACUUUAUCACUUUUGUUUUAAGUGGGGUUUAGGUUUAGGGGUAAGGGAUUUUGCAUUGCGAGGGAAUACAAAACGUCGGCAUUUCACUUCUUUGUACAUAAUUCGACUGGUUUUUACACCGGUUGAGUCGCUGGAUAUCCAUCUGGAUCUGCUUUGCUUUAUUCGGUUGUAAACAUGCGCGAAAGGAUAUCUUAGGAUCAAUGCAGAUUCAUGAAGAUACGAAUAACAACGAAUUGAAAUUCAUUCAAGUA